AUGAUGAAACAAGAGUCAUCGCACUUUUUGGGUAGAUUAGAGGAGUUUAAUCGCCCUAGGCGAUUCAAAAUUGAGGGUAGAAGUGUGGCUGUUUGGUUACACAAGGGUAAUGUGUAUGCGCUGGAUGCCAACUGCUACCAUUCAUCGGGGCACUUGGAAAAGCACGUGGAAGACAUUGAAGAUAUUCAAGAUGAGCCCUGUAUCAGAUGUCCCAUACACAAGUAUGUGAUAUCUCUCAAGACGGGACAUUCAUUUUAUCAGCCAGUGCAAAUAUGCAAAGAUGGCAACAAGGUAAACAUAAAUAAACUUGAUUGGAAGUCCAAGGGUUACAAGCAGAGGACGCACAGGGCCUACAUAAAAGAUGGGAAUGUAUAUUUGACGCUCAACAAAGAUAGUCAUGCAGUAGAAUCAGACAUAUACAAUAACUAA